CGAUUGACGAGACGAGAAUUAUCGAUCAUCUGCUCUGUUGCUGCGGUCUGCUGCUCUGGCAAAGUCCAAUUAUGGAAAGAUCCCAUCCCACCCCCAUCCAUGUUGCUUCAGGCUUGGGAAAACCCCACCCCACCCACCUCCUUUCGGAAAGAAUCCAUGGCCAUGUGUCAGUCAAUUUUCAAUUCCGCAGAGCCUGCAGCUUCGAUUCACGAGCGCACCGUCCUACUCAAUUUCUCUCUCUGUCGCUCGCAAUAAAGUAAUCACAGUGAGAGAGGGUUGGGUGGGAGUGAGUGAGUGACGCCACGGACGCCAUUUUUGCUAUUUCUGUGCAGUCUGCAGCCGCAAAUUGAAUGCCAAAUAAUUGGUGGGUGACGUGUUGUUUGUGGUGAUGAGGAGGUAGGGUGGGUGGGUGGUGGUUUCAUCGCGGUGGUGGUUUCUUCACGGGCGCCCAAUCCCCCAAUUCAAUCCAUGUUUGGUUUGUUGGAUUCCACCGAACCUCUGGUCAGGAUGGGAGCUGCUUGAAGUUGAGCUUGAUUGAUUGGUUGAGGGGUUCCAGGGCUUCCUUCCUUCCUCCUUUCCUUGUAUUUUGGGGAUUUCGAGUUUGCUGCUCAUGGAUCGAUCGGCGGGCAUGGAUUUGCCGAUCAUGCACGACAGCGAUCGGUAUGAGCUCGUUAAGGACAUUGGCUCCGGCAAUUUUGGGGUUGCUCGUCUCAUGAGAGAUCGCCAGACCAAUGAACUCGUUGCUGUUAAGUACAUCGAGAGGGGCGAGAAGAUUGACGAGAACGUGCAGCGCGAAAUCAUUAACCACAGAUCGCUCCGCCAUCCGAACAUUGUCAGAUUUAAGGAGGUUAUACUUACGCCGACGCAUUUAGCGAUCGUGAUGGAAUACGCAUCCGGUGGAGAGCUUUUCGAACGGAUUUGCAAUGCAGGGCGAUUCAGCGAGGAUGAGGCAAGGUUUUUCUUCCAGCAGCUCAUUUCGGGGGUCAGCUACUGUCAUGCGAUGCAAAUCUGCCACCGGGAUUUGAAACUGGAGAACACAUUGUUGGAUGGAAGCCCCGCGCCCCGUCUUAAAAUUUGCGACUUCGGGUACUCUAAGUCUUCGGUGCUUCACUCACAACCAAAGUCGACAGUCGGUACGCCUGCAUAUAUCGCCCCGGAAGUGUUGCUUAAGAAGGAAUACGACGGGAAGAUCGCCGACGUUUGGUCCUGCGGAGUAACGCUAUACGUAAUGUUGGUCGGGGCGUAUCCCUUCGAGGAUCCGGAAGAGCCCAAAAACUUCCGGAAAACGAUCCAGCGAAUCCUGAACGUCCAAUACUCGAUCCCCGAUUACGUCCACAUAUCCCCGGAGUGUCGUCACUUGAUUUCCCGUAUAUUCGUUGCUGACCCGGCAAAGAGAAUAACGAUCCCGGAAAUAAAGAUCCACGAGUGGUUCAAAAAGAACCUUCCGGCGGAUCUGAUGGACGAGAGCAGCGCCAACAGCCAAUUCGAAGAGCCGGCGGACCAGCCGAUGCAGAGCGACGAGGAGAUAAUGCAGAUAAUAACGGAGGCGACGAUCCCGCCGGCGGGAUCGAACAGUCAUAACCAGUGCCUGACGGGGAGUCUUGACAUCGACGACGACAUGGACGAGGACUUGGAGAGUGAUCCGGAGCUCGACAUGGACAGCAGCGGAGAGAUAGUCUACGCCAUGUGAACAACAACACGGCCGUGUUGGUACGUUGCUCCCCUCCCGUGUUGUUUGUUCGAUUUCGAUUUGCAUUAGAGAACACAGCAUGAAAAUGUAAUUUGAUGAUCACUUAAGGUUAUUUAUAAUUUAAGUGUGUGUUGUGUUU